AAACAUCUAAAUGAUCGUUAUCAGUUAUUUUUACAAUAAUUUAUCAAGACAGUCUGUAGAAAAACAAGAUAACAAUUUCAUGAUGCCAAGUAAGAAAUCGCUUAUGUAAUUCCAACUUUAAUUCUAUUCUUUUAUCUAUCGCAAUUGCUCCUGAAAUUCUUUAAACCAGGCUUUAAAAAAAAUAAACUGAUAACCAAACUCAGGGAUCGUAAGACGUAUAUAUAUUAUUUUCUAUGCACUUGAAACCGAAGCUUCUUAUUUUUGCGAUUACGCGCUAUCAACUGCUUCUCUUUUUAAACGUCAUCAUCAGAUAGGAAAAAGUUUCUCAGCUGAGGUUAUGAAAUACUCAUUUCAUUCAAUGAUGGAGAAGUGAAGGAAGCAGGAAGUAUCAACUACAACACUAUUCUUUGGAAGAAAAUUACCAGAAUUUAAAGUCAAGAGCACAAAAAAGAUUUGGUACGAAAGUUUGAGAUGACAAGGAAUUGAAGUAAAGGUUACAAAUAUUUAAAAUUAAGAUUAAUAGGAUUUGAAGUCAAGUUUACAAGGAUUUGAAAUCCAGAUUACAAGAGAAGAAAUCAAUUUCGCAAGAGUUUGAAGUCAAGUUUUGAAGAGUUUAAAUCCAGUAUUAGGAGGAUCUUUGUUAAUUUAUAAAGACGGAAUGAUGAACCAUGAAUGAUACAAACUAAUAACUCUUUCUCUAUGACAUGGCUGGUUUGAGCAGGCCAUCGCAAUAACUUUUUUUUCUUCCUUAAAAUACCCGGAACUACUUACACAAAAUGUCCAAUAAAGUGCCAAGCAUAAAAAAGAACUUACCCAACAUAGGAUUUACCCCAGUACCCAGUCAGGAAACGGACAAUGAUCAAGAAGAAGAUACAGUCUGCGGGAUUGGCGGGUUUACACCGAGAUGGCUGCAAAAGUUCAAUUCACCAAAAGUCUUUCUCAUAAACCACAGUAUUUUGGGUGUUCUUCAGGGUGCUUUUUUCACAUAUUUGGUGGGGUGCUUAUCGACCUUAGAGAAGCGCUAUGCCUAUGAAUCCAAAGUCACCGGAAUCAUAAUGAUUUCUGACGAAAUAAGUCCUGUGCUGUUUGGGAUGCUGCUCGGUUAUUUCGGUGGAAAGUCCCACAGGCCACGGAUUGUAGCGUUUGGUAUGUUGGUCGCUGUGGCUAGCUGCUUUGUCAUGUCUAUUCCGUAUUUUAUAUACGGGCGCAUACGAAAUUUUGACACCGAAGAUGUACGGCAUUUAGUCAAUUACACUAAAUACGAAAUUUGUGACUUAAAAGAAAAAGACCAUUUUUGCGAGAAGUCGCCGACUUUUACUGCUGUGUCCAUAUUUUUCUUUGGAAAUUUCUUGAAAGGCUUCGGAUCUCUGGCAUUUUAUACGAUCGGCACUUCCUUCCUAGAUGAUAGUGUGAAGAAAAAAAAUUCGCCUGUUUAUUUCGGAACCUUAUUUUCAUUGCGCCUCCUGGGACCUACUUUUGGCUUUCUUUUAUCCUCUCUUUGUCUCAGUUUUUAUGAAGAUCCUUUCUAUGAUCCCGGAUAUAGCACAAAAGACCCCCGAUGGAUCGGAGCUUGGUGGUUAGGCUUCAUCAUAUUAGGCAUAGCCAUAUUUAUAUUUUCUAUUCCAAUGGUUCUCUUCCCUAAACGAUUCCCCGGAAAGAAGUUGCCAUCUGAACUUAAAAAUAAGAAGGAAACCAAACCAGAACCACCGAAAUCGCCAAUAGAACAACUCAAAGAUAUGGGCAAAGCAAUGAAGAGACUCGGAAAGAAUCCCAUUUUGAUCUGCCAUUAUUUGGGGGGAGUGUUCAGACUUAAUGGCCUGAUAGGUUAUUACGUCCUCCUUCCCAAAUACAUGGAGACUCAGUUCAGGCAGUCAGCUUCAGUGGCCAGUCUUUAUUCAGGACCGGCUGGUCUGGUUGGCAUGAUAUUUGGCAUUUUCCUUGGCGGAAUUGCGAUCAGAAAAUUCAAGCCAAGACCGAGGGUGAUGACGGGUGGAAUUGUGUUUGCUGAAUGUUUCAGCUUCUUGGCUCUAAUUAUAUGCAUGAUGAUAACUUGUCCUGUUUAUCAAAUGACCGGCACAAGUUCUGUUAUACAACCACAAUUUAGUUUGAAUAACACUUGUAACACGGAUUGCUUGUGCUCAACCAAAGUCUAUACACCCGUUUGUGGUCCUGAUGGAAAAUCAACUUAUUUCUCCCCCUGCUAUGCCGGUUGUCAAGGUUACAACAAAACAGAUGGAAAAGAAGUAUUCACCGAUUGUAAGUGUGUUCAUGAUGAAUCAGGCAUCAUAAGGGUGGGUGAGGCGACCAAAGGUUAUUGCAAUUCUGAAUGUCAGUGGCUCAUAACAUUUGUGGUUGUUUUAUGCGUUGGAAAACUGCUCUCGUCUACAUCAAGGGUCGCCAAUGCACUCGUCACACUCAGGUGUGUUGACCCAAAAGACAAAAGUAUUGCCUUAGGUGCUUUAUCUGGAGUAUUCUCCUUAUUGGCAUUCAUACCCUAUCCUCUAAUAUACGGAGCACUGACAGAUGCGAGCUGCUUGGUAUGGGAGAAAAGUUGUGGCAAAACUGGCAACUGCUGGAUCUACGACAGCGACAAAUUCAGAUAUUUGCUGCACGGCGUCUCAGCCGGCUUCGUUUUCCUGGGCUGCGUCACCGACGUAUUCGUUUUCAUUCUCAGUCCCAGAUUAAAAAAUCUCUACGAUGACGAUGAAGAAGAGAAGAAAGAGCCGAUGACCGAAAGAGACGAAGUCGAAAUCAUCAGCAAUGGAGGUAUUCUGGGAGUGUUUAAAACUGGUGUCCCGAAUAACAGUUUUAAUCCUUUAAAAGAUGAAGAAAAGACUUCCACACCUUUGUAAAGUCCUCUACUCUAUUUCAUUCUCGGAUCCAAUUUUUCGCUUGAGAAGAUUACGUAAGAAUGAUUUGAGAUACGUCAUGUUUACGGAUUAUUGGACAUCAUUCUUACGUAUGAGUGACGGCAUUUCAAACACGAGAUUCACAAAAAUGAUGCGAAAUACAACAUUCUCACUGAUAGUUGGACAUUCUCAACGAUCAGUGGAAGCAUUUCUAACAUAAGAAAGGCGUGAAAUAUGACAAUUUUAAAGAUUAUUGGAUAUUUUCCAGCUUAAGUGAAUGCAUUUCUUACACAAGAUGGACAAGAAUGAUGUACGAUGCAUCAUUUUUGCUCAUCAUGGGACACCAAUCUUGCGUAACAGACGAAUGAACUUCUUAUUAUGACAGUGAGAAUGACAUGUGAUAUAAUUCAGCGAGCGAAUGUCAUUUUUUACGUUUUAUUGACAAUCAUUCGCUCACAAAAAAACGCUAUUCUCACUCUAUUUUAGAAUAAUAACGGAAUACGAUAGAGCAAAUCUUCGUUAUUCUAUCGUUCCACUUUAAUACGCGUGAGAAUUAUGUCAGAGUCAUGUAAAGUUUUAUUAGAUAGUUCUCAUCUAUCUUGUCUAUUGCUCGAUUAUGUGUGGGUUAUAUGUAAAACAAUGCGGCAAGAUCACUGUAUCCUUAUGUCAUAACGAGUGUUCCUAUUUUACGUCAUUCUUAUGCAAUUUUCGGUAGUGUAACCUCGAUCCGAGAAUCGUCCCUUCAAAGACUGGUGGAAAUUUCUCCCACAAAGAGCUUAUUUAUUGAUUAUUGCAUAUUUCAUCUAUGUUACACAUUUUUUUAAAAUUUAAAUGCUAUAUGUUCUGUAAAGAAAUUCUUGAAGAAGAAAAAAAAAUGUUUUGGUUAGUCAUAGUUAUGUAGUCUGCACAUAAUUUAUGUUCACAUAUAGACUCAUCAUUUAUCAAAUUUGCCACAACACUUAGUGAGUUAUAACUAUUCAAAGCAUACUUACUUGAGACAUUAUCUCUCAAAAAAAAAAUUUCAUAAAAUUUUGAUCAAUACACAUUAUGAUUCACGACUGACGCAAGAUGCAUAAUGUACGAUACUAAAUAAUCAUAUAGCGUUCAAUGAUAAAAAUAACAUGUUUUUUAUUCAAAACAUUUCAGUGAAUUUCUUUAACCAAGCACGUUGAUUCUCUAUUAUUUUUUUCGGUUCAGUCUUUGCGCCAGUGUCACUGUAAUAUUCCCCACUCAGAAUUUUUUAAUUUUUACUUCUUAAUAAUAAGUAAGUUAGAAAAAACCGGGCCAAAUUUUUUUUUAUUAGAAAUUACCCGAAACUAGUUGCUGACUGUAACUAUAUUGUUUGUAAAAUAGUGAAAGCUAUUUGUUUAAACAAAAGUAUUUUGGAAACUUCCAUUACGAAACAUUUAAUUUUAACUCCAACGAUUGAACUCUUUAAUUUCUAAUUGCUUGAAGAUUUAUGUUUAGUAAGUUCAGCAUCUAAUAACGUCUAUUUUCUUAUAAAACUUAAAUCAGGUUUAAAUGUUAUUAUUUCGUUAAUGUUAAUGUGAAAUUAAAACACACAAUGAAUGAGUGUCUGCAGAGGAUCAAAAAUUUAUUUAUGAUUCCUAACUUCAUUUACUUAAAGUUACAAACAAAUUAAAUUCAAAAUCAUUAAUGUUUAUCGAUUCUUGUUUGCUUAUCAAUGUUUUAAUUUUAUCCUAUAAUUAAAGAUCUCAUUAGAAAUAAACACGUUUUUUUACUUCUCUAUUUGAAUGUAUAUUUCCGGUUUUAUUUAGCCAGCUGGGAUGAGUCUUUAGUUUUUGACAAAUUUGUUUUUCACUGUCUAUAUUCAUAUAAGUAUUUAAUUUAAAAUGGGUGUUCUCUAAAAAACUGCAACUAGUGUAGCACGGCUCCUUGAAAGAUCCUUAAGAAUUAAAAAUUGGUUUUAAUCAUUCGGAGUAGCCCACUGGCUGUGGAUUUCAGAGAACACCCAAUGUAAUGUUAUUACGUGAAAAUUAUAUUUUACAUAAUUUAAUUGCAAAUCGUCAAACGUAAGUGUAAGAUGAAUUUAAUUAAAAUAUUUUGACGUUUUA